AAACACAUUUAGAUGUAAUUCAAAAAAUGUUGUGGUUCUGUUUUGAUUCUACAACGCUGUUUGUCAAAACAGAAAAUGGCCGCCCCCCUUAGAGCAGAGGUUCUAAAAUGUUUUCGGUGUCUACAUCGAACUCGUACCAAAGUGUUUACCAAUGAUCAAGUCGCCAUGGAUGCCGCUCGCCUGAAAAUCAAUUCUGAAUUCCGAAAAUAUCAGAGAAUAUCAAGUCAAGAAGCAAUAGCAGAAUUAAUCAAGCUUGGAAACCAAGCAGAGGAAAUUCUACGGACAAGUGUUGUGCAGGUCACCCCCACCGAAGAAAACACUUUCAGACUCCAUAUAACAAAGGACACCUUUAUGCACAACAACACGCCAUAUAGGGGAUGAUUUAGAAUGUAUGUUAGUGUAUAUGAUUGUGAAAAAUAGAGAGACUGUAACAUUUCAA